AUGUCCAUUUCAGGUAUGUUGAAGAGGAACAUCUCCAGGAUUAACCAAGCAAUGGGACUUCCGCAGCGAUCGUCUUCUAACAACAAACCACCGAAACCGGGGCAGCAUGGCAACAACAACAGCAGCAGCGAUCCGCACCCUGUAAAUACGAAAACCGCACCGAUUUCUGACCAUGUUAGGGUCAAGAGUACAGAAGAUGUACAAUAUAAGUCAUGGGUGGGGGAGCACCCGUCAGCAUUGCACUCGUUUGAUCAGAUGAUGAAGGUGGCAAAAGGGAAGAAGAUCGUCGUGUUUUUAGAUUACGACGGAACUCUCUCCCCUAUUGUAGAUGACCCUAACUCUGCCUUCAUGUCCGAAGAGAUGCGUGCUGCUGUACGUGAGGUCGCUAAGUGCUUUCCAACAGCUAUAAUCAGUGGUAGGAGUAGGGACAAGGUCAAGGAGUUUGUACAGUUGAGUAAUGUAUAUUAUGCUGGGAGCCAUGGGAUGGACAUCAUGGCACCUCCAAGGCCAGUCAAGUCUUGCGAUGGCAAUACCCCAACUGUGGUAAUGGACAAGAAGGGAACUGAAGUUCUCUUUCAACCUGCAAAGAGUUUUUUGCCUGCAAUCCAGAAGAUAUUGACCGAACUGGAGGAGGAAACAGCAAAGAUAAAAGGGGCCAUGGUGGAGGAUAAUCGGUUUUGUGUCUCUGUACAUUUUCGGCACGUCAAGGAUGAGGUAAAACACCAUCACCUACUAGUUAAGAAGCUUAGUGUCCAAAAGCAAAAUAGCAGCCUAAUAAAUUCCAAGGUUUGGUUGUUGGACUUCAGGAUUAUCAGAUCCUGGAGGAGAAAGUCAGGUCUGUGCUGGAGAAUUAUGCAGGGUUUCACCUGUGCUGGGGUAAAAAGAUGCUUCUACACUUUCUAUGCACAGGUUAUGGAGAUACGACCGAUGAUAGAGUGGGACAAAGGCCAUGCUGUGGAGUAUUUCCUAGAGACUUUAGGGCUAAGUAACUCCGAUGUACUUCCAGUCUACAUCGGCGAUGACCGGACAGAUGAAGAUGCUUUCAAGGUAAUACAACGAAGAGGACAAGGAUACCCUAUCAUCGUAACUUCCAUCCCUAAGGACACGAAAGCAUCCUACUCCCUAAUCGACCCAUCCGAAGUUCUGACUUUCCUGUUACGCCUAGCGAGGUGGAGGAAAUCCUCGAGUUCAAGUAGAUCGCUCAACCAAAUCUGGGGUGUAGUCAACUGACACCAAGCAAUAUAGGCAACAAACAGUCAUAGUGGAGAUAAAGCUCAUACAUAGAAAGCAGUAGAUAAGCAAUCAAUCCGAGUUCGGGAACUAAAAGUAACUAGAGAAGUUCCAGCUUGUAGUUUUAGCAAGAAGUCACAGCUGGAACACAGUUUCCAAUUCCAGUCCUUCAAAUCUCGCCCCGUGUUUUUUUUGGCUGGCGGCUGGGUUUGAAUUUGACUGUGGAAGACGACUCUGAACUCUGUUUUCCUUUUCCUCUAAUUUCCGUUUUUGAUGAAUCAAGAACUUUGUGGACUUUGAGAAAAACCCUUGUUUUCAACCUUGGUUGUAAAGUUCCAUGUCAUCAAAUCGUUUUCUCAUGAUAAGCAAGCUGUUUUGGUUUCCUUUACGAUUCAAUGCAAUGCUAUACUACUCUUCUCAUAUAUAGAACAGAUGGAAAUUCGAAGCAAGCAACAUCAAUGGAUCAAAUUCAGUUUGCAGGGAGAAUCGGAUUACCUUUUCAUUUCCUAGUUAUUCCACAAGUCCUCACAAUUCUUCGACAGGGAAAUGAACUGCUAGAGCUUGCAGUUCCGAUCUGCAUGCUGGUAACAGCGGAAAAACCAUCCUCACUUGGCGUUUGGCCGCUGGGUAAAGCAGCUGCCCGCCGGAUCAAGAGGAUUUCCAUCUCUUCCGAUCAACUGAAGUCCAGCUUCGCCGGCGAACGGGAGCAGCAGCCAGUAGGAAAAGCUUGAGAGGGAUGAGCUAGCGGUUUACAUUAAGGA